GGCCGCGGAGCACGCUCGCGCUCUCCUGCGCGUCCUCUCCCUUUGUAGCUACGCACGGUAGGGGAGCGGACCCUGGCGGUUUGCUCCGCUCGGUGGAGGAGAGAUGGGGAGGCGUGGCGCUGGGGCUGAGGUAGGAAGGAGCCCGCCCCUCGACGCCUAACCCUCCCGCGACGCUAGCCCCUGAGCCGUGAUGCGAGCGUGGGUCCUACUCUCCGCGGUGCUCUGGUACCUCACAGGAGUUGGAUGGCAGCGUAAUUCCGAACGCACUGAGAAAGGCUUCAUUUAUGGCAAGCCGGGACACCCAGUGAAAGUGUAUGUAAAAUUACAUCACAACAGCCCAGUCCUUGUCUGUAUGGACUUUAAACUCGCUGAAAAAGAAACGGUGGACCCCACCUACUUAUGGGUUGGGCCUAAUGAAAAGCCAUUAACAGGAAGUAAUAGAAUAAAUAUAACUAAUACAGGAAAGCUGACAGUGAAAGACUUUCUGGAGCCUUUGUCUGGACUUUAUACAUGCAGUUUUUCUUAUAAGACUAUCAAAGCAGAAACCCAAGAAGAAAAGGUAGUAAAGCAGAGAUAUGACUUUAUGAUUUUUGCCUAUCGGGAACCUGACUAUUCAUAUCAGAUGGCUGUACGUUUUACCACAAAAUCUUGUGUAGGAAAAUACAAUGAUCUGCUUUUUCGAGUCCUGAAGAAAAUCUUGGAUAAUUUAAUCUUUGAUUUGUCAUGCCAUAUAAUAGAACCAUCAUAUAAAUGCCAUUUUGUUAAAGUUCCAAAACAUGGCCUCAUUCAUGAGCUAUUUAUAGCCUUUCAAGUUAAUCCUUUUGCACCAGGGUGGAAAGGUACAUGCAAUGAGUCUAUUGACUGUGAAGAUACCACUAAUCGUAAUAUCCUCCAGGCAAGAGAUCGAAUAGAAGAAUUUUUCCGGAGCCAAGCAUAUAUUUUCAACCAUGAUCUAAAUAAAACUCUACCAGCCAUGCAUUUUGUGGAUCACAGUUUUCAAAUAGUACGUAUGGAUAGCUGUCGUCCAGGCUUUGGAAAAAAUGAAGGUCUACACAGCAAUUGCGCUACCUGUUGUGUGGUUUGUAGUCCUGGGACUUUUAGUCCUGAUGUUGAUGUUACAUGUCAGACCUGCAUUUCCGUCCAAAUCUACGGAGCUAAAUCAUGCCAGUAAAUUUCAACAUGAAGACUAGGGGUGAAAGCAUCAUUACUUGCUUGUGGAGGUGGAGGACAUAAGAUGAUUUGUUCACAUCCCAAAGUGUCAUAGAUAUUUUUAUUAAGGAAGAUCAGUAAGACCUAAACAUUGGAAAACAUACAUUUUAAAAACCAUAAAAAGAUAGUCAACAUGGUAUUUCUAAGAAGGCAUUUAAUCUCAGUGGAUGAUUUUUAAUGAAAUAUGUUUUGUUGCUUACAAACAAUCUUGUUUCUUUGUACCUAAAACUAUGUUAAGGUCAAGAAGAGUAGGCAAGUAUAAUAUAAUAAAAUUUUAUACUUUCCAUAUAUUAAUUUGUUUGAUAUCACUCAUAUGAUCUAUCAUAAUACAUUACCUUUAUAAUUAGAACCAAAAAAGUUGUUUCUUUUAGUCUCUUUGCUUUUAGUCUAUUUAUUUUAGAAUAACAGGCUUUAUUUUUUAGUAUAGUUUUAGGGUUGCAGAAAAAUUGAGCAGCUAUUACAGAGUUCCAUAUACCCGCUUCAGCCCACACCCUCACCCCUCCCAAGUUUCCCCUAUUAGUAUCAUCUUGCAUUAUCGUGAUACAUUUGUUAUCAUUAAUGGACCAAUGUUGAUACAUUAUUAUUAACUACAGUUAAUAGUUUAUAUUAAGGUUCAUUCUGCAUGUCGUACAGUUCUGUGGGUUUUGACAAGUGCAUAUUGAUGUGUCCACCCCUACAGUUCAUACAGAAUAGUUUCACCACCCUUAAAAUGCCCUGUGUUUAAUCUGUUCUUCUCUCUCUCUUACCCCACAGUCCUUGACAACCACUAAUCUUGUUACUGUCUCUACAGUUUUGCCUUUCCCAAAGUGGAUUAAACUUGGAACCAUACAGUAUGUAGACUUUCCAGACUGGCUUCUUUCACUUACCAAUAUUCAUUUAAGAUUCCUCCAUGUCACUGUAUGGCUUUGAUAGAGCAUUUUUUUAUUGCUGACUAAUAUUCCAUAUCAUGGGUGUAUAAAGGACAUCUUGAUUGCUCCCAGCUUUUGAUGAUUAUGAAUAAAAUUGCUAUAAAUAUUUGUGUACAGGUUUUUGUAUGGACAUGAGUUUUCAAAUCAAUGGCGUAAAUACCUAGGAGCAUGAUUUCUGGGUUGUGUGGUAAGAUAAUGUCUAGUUUUGUAAGAAAUUUCCAACCUGUGUUCCAAAUUGGUUUACCAUUUUACAUUCCUACCACAAUGGAUGUGUUUCUUGUUCCUCAUCUUCACCAGCUUUUGGUAUUUUAAGUUUUUUUUUUUUUUUUGGGCUAUUCUAUUAGGUAUGUAGUGAUAGUUCGUUACUGUUUUAAUUUUAAAUCCCGUAAUGUCUGUGCAUUAUUUCAUGUGUUUAUUUGCCAUCUGUGUAUCUGUCAUUUAGAUCUUUCUCCUUGUUUUUAUUGAAUUUUUCACUCAUAUUGUUGAGUUCCAAGAGUUCUUUGUAUAUUUUAGAUACAAAUUCUUAUCAGAUAUGUGUUUUGCAAAUAUUUUCUCCAAUUUUGUGGUUUGUCUCUUCUUCUCACAAUGUCUUUCGCUGAGCAGAAGUUUUUAAGUUUAGUAAAAUCCAGUUUACCAAUUUUGGGCUUCCCUAGUAGCUCACUGGUAAAGAA